AUGUCGCACGAGCAGCGGUCCCGUUCCCGUUCCCCGUCGUCGAACCCGUUCAACCAAACGCUCGAUGCGUUGCCAUACUAUGACCGUGACCUCGAGUCACCGCAACACCAGCGUCAGUACUGCUGCCGCACUGUGCGGUCCCCGCGUUCACAGCGAACCCGAUCACUGAAACUGCUGCCUCCUCCGCUCUCGUCCCCUCCAGCGCUCCGAGGCGAGAUCAACUCGCUCAUCGCGAUCGAACUGCGUUCCAUCCUCCCCCCUUCCUCCUCCGCCUCCCAACAACCGACGAACCUGACCCAUCUCCCCGCACCCCGUUCGCUCCCCAUCUCCAUCUCCGCCUCCUCCCCGCUCCUCGCCUCGGAGCUCGCCCGCGCCCGGUCCAAGAAACCGCUCCCCUCCACCAUCGGCCUCGAUACCACCCGUUAUGCGAUGCCCGAUCCGCCGACCGAGAACGCCGACGAUCUCGAAGCGUGGGAGCGCGCUUACAAAUCCAGUUUGGCCCAACUCGAACACCAACGCCUGCGCUCGAUGAACGGCCACUUGCUCGCUCAACCGUUCGGCGCGAACGCGUGGAAGGUGCACAACUAUGCGCUAGAGAACACGCUCCAACGCGUCGAUGCGCAAUUGCAAUCCGAGAGGGACCAGGUCGAUGAUCUGAAUAGGAAACGUAAAGCCGAACAGGACAAGGCCGGCGAAAUCUUGACGAGCUUGGAGAAAAAGUGGACCGAGUUGGUCAGUGGGAAUAUGCAGCUCGAGAUUGGGUGCAUGACUUUGUGAGUCUGGUCGCUCUCAUCGUUCGUGAUGCCUCUCAUUCGUCUACUCACACCGCUCUUUUCUGAUUCUCAGGGAAGCCCAAGUCGCCGAAUUGCAAGCAAGGCAUGCCGAGCUCUCACAUCGACUUCAGACUUCAGCUUGA